CGCCGCGAAGGCGCUAGUGUCGCAUCAAACAGCUGAGUGCGCGGAUUGCAUCUCGAUACACGAGACCUUUUUAUAAAUCCACAUUUUUGCUUUGAAAGCGUCAUGAUGACGAAAAAUUCGACAUGAAUUGAAUGGUGGACGUGUCAUUGGUCACAGUGGUAUUUCAAUAUAACUAAAUUCUCGAGGUAAUGAUGAGAUUAUUGGAUUUUCUCUUGAGCUGGCCCCUUUUGCUAUUAGAGAUUCUCAAGAUGAUUCGUCGUCUAUUUGCGACAUUCAUUGAACAACCCAUACAGGGUCAAACAGCAGAAAUUCUCCCAUCCCCAAAGCCACUUUCCGGACGACAGUUUUCCAACGUCCGGCUGCAGAGUUUGUCCUGGCUCCAUGGAGCAGCUCCAUGCUUCCCUGUCCGGGGAGACUGUAUUACAGUUAUUCAUGACCGCAGAGUAUUCUACGAGACAGUGCUGACAAAAUGUGCUUCCGCCAAAAAAAGAAUCAUCUUAGCUAGUUUAUACUUAGGUAUCGGGCAGCUAGAGACUAGUCUAAUAUCAGUUUUGAGAGAAAAUCUACGUGAGAACAAACAGCUCAAGAUAAAUUUCUUGUUGGAUUUCACCCGGGGAACCCGUGGACAAGUAAACUCGAGAACUACGAUAAUGCCCCUGAUGGAGGAAAGUGAUAAUGUCAGCCUAUCCCUCUAUCACACUCCAGCUCUUCGAGGUAUCACGAAGAAACUAGCUCCUCCGCGAUGGAAUGAACUUCUUGGACUUCAGCACAUGAAGGUGUACCUCUUCGAUAACUCUGUCAUCAUCAGUGGAGCUAAUCUCUCUAACGACUACUUCACAAAUCGUCAGGAUCGAUAUAUAAUGAUUGAGAACAAGCCACUGGCAGAUUUCUAUGCAGGACUUGUAAAUAAGGUGCAAGAAUUUAGUCUCCAAGUUUCUUCUAAAGAUGCACAACCUAAGCUUCACAAAUCCUGGCAGCAUUUGCCAUAUGAAGGCACCCAGAGUGAAUUUGCCCAAGAGGCCAGACAUAGAAUCUUCUCCUACUUCAGCGAUGUGAUUGAGAGACAGAAUAGUGCUAUGGACUUGGAAAAAGAUGCAGACACAUGGAUAUUCCCUGUCAUAGAAAUGGGCCAGCUGGGGAUUCACCAUGACAGUGUAGUGACAAAGGCGUUAUUCCAGAACUCACAGCCUAACUCUCGAAUUCGAAUGGCUACUGGAUACUUCAAUCUCACGCCCGAGUACAUGAAUUCAAUUACUGAUUGCCAAGCUGAAUGUGCUAUCCUCAUGGCUCAUCCAAAUGCAAAUGGUUUCAAAGGUGCUAAAGGACCUGCCGGUGGAAUUCCAGAUGCUUAUACAUUAAUUGCCAGACAGUUUUAUGAGAAACUGAAAGCAGCAAAGCAAGAUCAUCGCGUUAGUUUGUUUGAAUAUCAGCAACCAGGAUGGACGUAUCAUGCCAAAGGACUAUGGUACUAUCUUCCCAACUCGUCUCUGCCUUCAAUGACCCUGAUUGGCUCUUCCAAUUUCGGAGAGAGGUCUGUAAAUCGAGACUUAGAGACGCAAGUGUGCAUUGUGACGGAGAAUGAGGAUCUACAGAAGCGCCUUGAGGCAGAAUGUCAAAAUCUCUAUCGAUUAGGAUCAGCAGCUGAGUCAGAAAUUACAAAACGAGAAAUUCCGAGGUGGGUGAGAGGGGUUGUAUCCGUGUUCAAAAACUUCUUCUAAAUUAGCUCGCUUUCAUGAACCUAGUCAAUAAAUUUCAACCAAUUAUAGAGAACAAAUAAAUUGAUUAUAAUUCACAAUAUCUCAUAUGUUUAUUCAUAAGAGAUGAGAUUUUUUUUUCUUAUUACAAAAAGAUUGGGAGGUUUACUUAAAUGUAUUUAUUGAAAUGCUCACAUUGGACAGACUAAUGUGAGAAAAUAAAUUAUGGUCACGUCAAAGAGGUAAAUCCAUCAA